UAAACCCCUCAAACAAAAACACAAACAUAAACACAAACACAAAAACUGACAGAGUACUCAAUUAUUUGUGUCCAUUCCUUCUUCCCAUAUUGUUCCUGUGUGUUCUGUUUUGAACUUGUUGAAGAUGCCGCGGCCAGGGCCAAGGCCAUACGAGUGUGUGAGAAGAGCUUGGCACAGCGAGCGUCACCAACCCAUUAGAGGUUCUAUCAUUCAACAGAUUUUCAGGGUUGUCACUGAAGCUCACACUUCCGUUACUAAAAAAAACAAGGAAUGGCAAGAGAAACUUCCUGUUGUUGUUCUCAAAGCUGAAGAAAUCAUGUAUUCCAAAGCUAAUUCUGAGACUGAGUAUUUGAACCCUGAUACACUAUGGGACCGUCUUAAUGAUGCUGUUAACACUAUUAUACGGAGAGAUGAGACUACUGAAACUGGAGACCUUUUGCCCCCAUGUGUUGAAGCUGCACUUAAUCUGGGUUGCAAACCUGUUAGAACUUCAAGAAGUGAUCGGCAUAAUAACCCUAGGACAUACCUUGGUCCAAGACCUCAACAGGUUCCUUCAGGGUCUCCUAAACCUGUUGUUGGAAAUCCGUUAAGCUAUGGAAAAGUGACAACUUCUGCUCUUGCGCAGAAUCCUGUAGCGGAUUCUAACCAGCAUGUCAAUCAUAAUAGUAAGCUGAGUGGUUCCGGUAACUAUCCUUAUAGUUUCCCAUCUGGUCAUCACCAGCCAUUGACAAUGGAAGCUAAGCCCUCAUUGAACAUGGGUUCGGUUUACCCUCUGUACUACGGUAGCGAAGUCAGAGAGCCUCAAGUAAGGAGAGCAGCAGGUGAUAAUACCUCUUCCGACACGAUCUUUGUUGGUAGACCAGUCAUUGCUCCGGUACCCGAGCCUUCUGGAAUUGGUCUUUUGGAAAACUCCUCCUAUGGUAGAUUUCAACAUGCUGCUAACAGAAUUGUACAAGAAACGGCUUUAGGCACUCAGGAGUCACAGGGCAGGGAAUGUGAUCUAUCUUUGAGGUUGGGUCAGUGUCUGCAAACUUCUUCGAGCGGAAAAAGUAGUUCAGUAUUUGAAAUAGACGGUGUUGGUUUAGGUCUUUCUCAUGAUGGAAACAUAUAUAGUCAACUGUCUUUGCAGAGAAAUAGAGAGGUAUUUCUUUAUCCUAGAGGACCUGGUUAUGGUACCAUUGACUCCAAUUCUAGAGGCAAUGUAGAGGGUGAAGAUCAGAACUUAGAAGCAAUGUAUCGGAAGCGUAAAGCACCUUUAGGUAACAAUGAGGAGGAUGGGCAAUUUUGCCGGCAUUUAGGUGUCCCAUCCAAUCGUUUUACUGGUAGGCCAGGUUCGUAGAAAGUCUUUCUUGUUGUGUCAUCUAUGCUUUUGAAAUUCAAGAUGAUCCAAAAUGUUGUUGAAUCCUCUGAUGUAGACUCUCUCAUGUGUAGCUCUGCUUGUGAAAAAAUUUAGAAGCCGGUGUUGAGUUACUAGUUGCAUUGCUGCAAAUGUUAACUGUAUAUAAAAAUCUUAGCUUGCUUUCUUUGAUUUC